GGAUGGAGAAGGAGGAAGAAAUCCAGAAUCCAGAUUCCCAAAGUGCUGGAGAAGGGACAGUGAGAAAUGAUACCAGCUCAGACAUGACUCUUGCUGGUGACAAAGUGGCUUCUGCUGCCAUCACAGUUGCCACAGCUGCCGUGGCUGCUGUGAAAACUGUUGUCGGGAUCCAGUCGCAAAUCUUCAGCCGCUUGGCCACCCGCCGGACGUUUCUGCCCCGCGACCGCCGUGACCUACUGGAGCUUGAGCAGAUGGUGGAGAAUGCAGCGGCUGUGCGCCUCCGAGCAGUGGUGGAGUCCAGCAUUGACUCCUUGCGCGCCAUGAUGUGUUCUUGCCUCUUCCAGUCCCCAGCAGUUCUUGCUGGGCUGAUAGAUGAACUCUACAUCAUGGAGCGGGCCUUCUGGGUGCAGCCGGGCCGCUCCGAGUGGUGGGAGAAGGUGGUCCUGCCCCACUGGGAUGACCAUCUUUGGCAGGAGAACUUCAGGAUGAGUCGGCAGACUUUCAUGGAACUGUGUGACCGACUGAGGCCGGUUCUUGAGCGCCAGACGACCAACAUGCGGGCUCCCAUUACUGUUGAGAAACAGCUGGCCAUAGCCAUAUGGAAGCUGGCCACCCCAGAUAGCUACCGCUCAGUAGCAGAGUGUUUUGGCGUUGGGCGCUCCACUGUGUCCAGGAUAGUCAUGGAAGUUUGCCAAGCUCUUUAUGAUGUCUAUCACCAUGUGGUCCUUCUGACCAGGCCCCAGGAGGUGAUAAAAGGCUUUGCAGCCAAAGGUUUUCCUCACUGCAUUGGGGUGAUGGAUGCAACCCACAUCCCUAUCAUUGCUCCUGCCCACCGAGCCAUGGAAUACAUCAACAGCAGAGGGUAUUACUCUAUGGUUCUGCAGGCACUGGUGGAUCAUGAAGGCAAAUUCAUUGAUGUGUAUGCUGGGCGAUCCGGGAAAGUUCAUGAUGCCAGGAUCUUUCGCAGCUCCCCCAUCUUCCGGGCCAUGAAUCAAGGCACCUUCGGCCCUAGCACCACCAUGGACCUAGAGGGGGAGCAAGUAAAGGCGGUCAUCCUAGGAGACCUUGCCUACCCUCUUCUGCCGUGGCUGAUGACUCCUUACAGCGGCCAGUUGGACUCCCGAAAACAGCUCUUCAACAACACGCUUGGCCGCUGCCGGACAGUGGCGGAGUAUGCCUUCGAGCGGCUCAGGGGCCGCUGGAGGUGCCUGCUCUCCCGCCUCGAUGUGCGGGAACGCUACGCCCCACGGGUCAUUGUAGCCUGCUGCAUUUUGCACAACAUCUGCGAAAGCAAAGGGGAACCCCUCCAGGAAGGGUGGGAAGAGGUGGUGAGGUCUGUCUCGAGGUCUUACCAGCAGCCAGAAAGACAGCUGAUGUACAUGUCCAACCCACAUGCCCGGGAGAUCAGGGAUCUUUUCAGCGCACACAUGGAAAGGAGAGAACAGGAGAAGUAGGAUGGCAUUCAUUCUUAUUCUUCCUCCCCCGCAAAAAAACCUUGGACCAGAACCUGGGGAGGGGAUAGCAGGCCCUUCCCUGCCUCUUUUCUGAAUAAGUUGUUAUUACUAGGGUUAGAAUGAAGUUGACUUCUUCCGAAAGCAGGUAGCUGAUUUAUCUUACUCCUCCUUGGCUGAAGCAGGUGACCAAGACUGUCUUCUGCUUCCAGGUUUCCUUUGCCUUCCUGCCAAGAUUGUGCUUCUGCCUAGGGAGCAGCAACCUUAGUGCCGCACCUUCCCUAUCCAGGAUUGCUGCCUUCACAGGCACUGACUGCCCAGGUUAGCACAACAUACCCUAAGACACAAUUUAUUAAUUAGUUGUGGUUUGUAGAAUGGGCCGCACUUGGCCAGAUUAGGACAAUGCACCCAAACCAAAGAGACCAUAUUUUGGCUGAGUGUAACAUGUCAACCCAAUGUCUUGCCAGGGUUGGUUUCAGCUUUGAAGGUGGGGAGCUUUGGAAAGUGCUGUUGAAGAACUUUGACUUCCCUUUGUGGACUUAACUAGCAGCAGCCCUCUGACCAGUGCUGGAAGUUGCCUUUUGCAUUUCUCAUAGUGCCCCCAUAGAGUGUCACCCUAUGACACUGUGGUACGUUUAAAAUGGCAGCUCCCAUCAUGUGAUGCAAAUCUGAGAAUGAAUGAAUGAAUGAAUGAAUGAAUGUUGUAUUGCUCUCUCUUCCUCCCCUCCUGCCAACAUUCCCAAAAUGGUCAGCCAGGUUCCUACUGAAAGCUACUUCUAGCCUGAAGGAACCAUCUAGUCAUUGUAGCAAGGAGCCAUUGCUAAUCUUAUGUCCAUGAAUGUUUUAAGCCUACUUUAAAAUUGUGCAAGUUGGCCCCAUAUCUAUGGAGAAUGAAAUCCUUCUCUGUUACUCAAGAACAUUGCAAAGGGCUGCCACAGUUUUCUUAUUGUCAAGAAUCGGUGGUUGAGCGUAAGCACUAAAUUAAUGAACUGCAUCUUGGAAAAUUCCAUUUGCAUAUUUUUACUCAGAAGUCUUUAGGCAGUCUACUCUCUCUCUCUCUUAGCUUCAGCCUCAUCUGCAGUGUGGAGAUUGAUAACUGAUGGGUUUGACAGUCUUCUUGUUGGCAUUACAAAAUAAUUCACAUUGUAAGGUUUGAAUGCCGUAAAAUAAUGGCAGCCAUUCUGAGAGUGCCUUGGACUGCCAGA